CCCUUUCAGGGGCCGUUGUUGCCUGCUGUUGAACGCGGUAAUGGUCAGCUUGUCCCGAUUAUUUAUUUACAAUGCGUUCCUUCCUCAAUCAAAACUCACUUUUCAAGGUGAAAUCUUUCAAUUGAUCCAGUUUCAUCACAAAUGUUGAUGGCGGCGCCUAGUUCUGCAUUUAACGAACGUCUCGCCUCGCCCUCCUGCCAAUUGCGCGCCAAUAAACUGUCUUCGCCUUAAGUUUGAAACACCGUCUCCAAGACCCGCGCCGUGUCAAAAUGCCGCCUAAGAGGGGCAAGAGAGCGGCUCCGGUGGCCCCUGCCACUCACCCCCUUGACGGUUGCAAAAUCGCUUUCAGCGGGACCUUCAGUGGGACAACACAUGCUUCAAUCAAGGCCAAGGCCGAAGCCCUCGGGGCAACCGUCGCAAGCACAGUGGCUAUUGACACGACGCACCUCGUGGCAACGGAAAUCGACUUCAACAAGCCGUCUCCCAAGGUAGUCAAGGCCCAAGCGCUUGGCAUCCCCAUUGUCGCCUUGGAUUGGUUGUCGUUGUGCGAGCAGAAUAACGCCCGAGAGGCAGAGAAGGACUACGUCCCGGGAGCCUCUGCGAAGGAUGCCACUGCACAGACGGACACAGCCAAGCCAGCAUCUUCCCAGAACGAUGUCACAGCACCAAGAGCCAGCAGAACGCGGAAGCGUGCCUCUCCCCAGGCUGCAGACAACACCUCUGACACCGAGGCCGCGCCAAAAGCUAAACGAACGAGAGGGCGGACGGCCGCGGCAGUCAAGACAGAGGAUGAUGUUGAUAUGCCGGAUGUCAAACCGGCGGAGCCGGAAGAGGAAGCAAAGCCCAAGGUGAAGACCGAGCGUGCGGUGGGCGAAGGACAGGUUGCCAAGCGCAAGGACGUCCAGAUCCCAGUCGACGAAGGAUGUCCUUUCGUGACUUCAAAGGUCUAUAUUGAUGACUCUGGAGUCAUCUACGAUGCCUCGCUAAACCAAACCAAUGCGUCCAAUAACAACAACAAGUUUUAUCGCCUUCAGAUCCUGGUUGAUGGUAACGGCGUAUAUCGCUGUUGGACAAGAUGGGGAAGGGUCGGUGAGCGUGGGCAGACCGCCGUCGUUUCCACAGGGACUCUUGACGAGGCCAUACGGCAGUACGAGAAGAAAUUCAAGGACAAGUCGGGCCUACCUUGGAGCCAGCGCGGGGACAACCCGAAGCCGGGCAAGUACGCCUUUGUCGAGAAGAACUACGAGGAGGAUGAUUCGGACGAGGAAGAGGAAGCGGGCCAAGCCGAGGCGAAGAAGACGUCCGAUUGGAAACCACCCAAGAGCACGCUGGAACCUGCCGUCCAAGAACUCAUGAAGCUCAUCUUCAACCAGCAAUACUUCGCCAACACCAUGUCGGCCCUGAACUAUGACGCCAACAAGCUACCGCUUGGCAAGCUUAGCAAAGCCACCAUCACCCGUGGGUUCCAGGCGUUGAAGGACCUAUCCGCUCUCAUCGACGACCACUCUCUUGCUUCCAACUAUGGAAUGACAUACGCCCCGGCGGUUGAGCAUCUUUCCAACACCUUCUACUCGCUCAUUCCGCAUGCUUUCGGCCGGAAUCGUCCACCAGUCAUCAACGACCAGCAGAUGCUUAAGCGAGAAAUAGAACUUCUCGAAAGCCUGAGUGACAUGAAGGACGCGGCGCUCAUCAUGAAGAUGGACAAGGCCGGGGACGACGACAUCCACCCUCUUGAUAAGCAAUAUCAAGGAUUAAAGCUAAAAGAGAUGACGCCACUCGAUCCGGCCAGCGAGGAGUAUGUCCAGCUUCAAAAUUACCUGCUCGAGAGCCGAGGCGCGACCCAUGGACACCGGUACAAGAUCGAGUCCAUCUUCAGAGUCGAGCGUCAAGGCGAGCAUGAGCGGUUCAAUGAGAGCGACUUUGGCAAGAUGGCGCAAAACAGGCGGCUAUUGUGGCACGGAAGUCGCUGCACAAACUUUGGCGGUAUCCUCAGCCAAGGCCUCCGGAUUGCGCCUCCCGAGGCGCCAGUAUCAGGGUACAUGUUUGGUAAGGGCAUUUAUCUUGCCGACAUGUCAUCGAAGUCGGCCAACUACUGCUGCUCGUACCAGUCAGGCGGCACGGCCCUCCUUCUGCUCUGCGAGGCGGAGCUGGGCAACCCCAUGCAAGAGAUGCUGCACGCUUCGUAUAACGCUGGAGACGGUGCGAAGGAGAAGGGUAUGAUUUCGACAUGGGGUAAGGGUCGCACCGGUCCCAGUAAGUGGAAGGAUGCAAGCUGCGUGCAUCCAUCUUUAGCUGGAGUGAUGAUGCCUGACACAUCAAUCCUCCCUUCGGACACCAAUGUCCCCGGCGCCAGUUUGUAUUACAACGAGUACAUUUGUUACGACGUCGCACAGGUCCGUCUACGGUACCUUUUCCGGGCCCCACAGGCCGGAAACCAACCAGACCCGAGUGCCUCACCGCGGCCACAAAAGCGGACCGCGAACACGUGCGUCACAUGCCGUGCGCGCAAAGUCCGGUGCGACGGCCGGCGAGGCAUCUGCACCAAUUGCGAGCGGCUCGGCUUCGGCUGCUCGUACGAUGAGAGCGUCAGCGUCGAGGUCGUCCCGGGCGAGAGCAGCGGGCCCGCAAUUUCGGUGCCCCGCCGCCGGGUGCGGCAGGCGUGCCAGAACUGCCACGCCAGAAAGGCGCGAUGCAGCGGAUCAAUGCCGAGUUGCGACCGGUGCCGGGCCCAGGGGUUGGAGUGCGUCUACCGGCCCGGGAAACGGUCGCUGCCGCUGCCAUUGCCGCUCCCCGCCACCUCUGCCGCCCAGUCGCCGGGAACGAUGAUGCAUGAGGAUGUAUCGAUGAGCCACGGCGGCGGAUCCAACGACUAUGGCACUUCCAGCAGCACCGCCAGUCCCAUCCCGGCCAGCAUGGACCAGGCCGAUCCGGACGACGCUCUUGCCCUACGAGCCUUUGACAAUUUCUUCCGCCACAUCCACCACAUCGCAAUGUUCUCUUUCCUGCACCGGCCGUCGCUCAUGGAACGCUACCACGCAGGGGGGCUAGACCGCGCUCUGGUGCUUGCCCUGGUCGGCAUCACGUCGCUGCUGACUGAUCUUGGCCCCGGUAUGGAGGAGUACGGCAACCGCUGCAUGGAAGAGGCGGUAUCGCUAUGCCUGGCAGGUCUUGAGAAGCCCACCGUACCCCGUCUGCAAGCGUUGGUCCUUGCCAUCAAGCACCGGAUCCUUGCCAAGCGCUUCUCGGGCGCCUUCAUGCUCCUCGCCAUCGCCAGCCGGUUUGCCACGGCUCUCCGGCUGAACCACGAGAACCCAGACCUGUGCUUCCUCGCGCGAGAGGCACGCCGCCGCGUGAUGUGGUCCAUCUAUAUGAUCGAUGCGUCGAUAUCCGUGGGUCAGUCCGAAUUCGCCCUCUGGGCGGAUGCUGAGCACCAGAUCCACCUGCAGCUCCCAUGCAACGAACGGAACUUUGACUUUGACCUGCCAGAGCCGACAGAACCGCUCCGGCCUCCAGGCCCCGACGCUGGAGGCGUCGUUCCGCCGUUACCAGAUGUGCUUGGCCUCAUGGCGCUUCAUAUCCGUCUCCACUGGAUGCGCAGCCGCAUCUUGCAGUGUACCGCGAGAGCGGCAGCCUCGCCCUCGGCGGAUGUGCUGACCAUGCUGCCGAGACAGUUGGCCGAGCUCGCUGCGGAGCUCGAGGUGUUCGAGGCGCGAUUGCCAGUGUCUUUCCGCGGGACGGAGUCCAACUUCCGGCUCCGCAGCUAUUCCCCGAGGCUGGGCAUCUUCAUCAUGACCCACGUCUGGUGGAGGCAAUGCCAUCUCGAUCUCUACCGUCUGUUUCUCCCGGGCCUAAAGGAGGCGCUUGCCCCACCCGCCUUGCAGCAGAUGGACCCUCUUUUCGUAAGGCACAGGCGUCAGAGCUGCUACGAGCAUGCGAGAGCCAUGGCGGAUAUGUUCUCGCAGCUGCUAAGUCUCAGCAGUAGCAACACGCCGGUGGCCGACUUGGACUUGCCAGGCUGCGCCCUGCAGUGCUCCAGGGUGCUGUACCAUGGCUUGCAGACAAACGCGGGUGAUUCAGGCUUCACGCAAGAACGGGUGCGAGAACUUGCCACUGUCUGUCUCCGAGCUGCUCGGCAGUCCACCCCUGGACCGGCAUCUUCCAGUAUUCAAACGGAUAUUGAACGGCUCAUCGCCAACGGCCUGUCGCUACCCGAGGUUCCACCAGCUUUACCGGACCGCGCUCGCAGUCUCGCCGGCGGGAUGGACACACCCUACCUUGCACCACGCCCGCCGGUCCCGGAGACGAACCAGCUGCCGAUGGGCCCUCCGGUCCCAUCGGACCAAGCACAUGCAGCAGGAGGAGCUCUUCCGCCGAUGAGACUGCCAACACCGAACCUGUCCCCCAUGGCGGCGCUAAACCUGCCAAUAGCUGACGGGGCAAUACCUGCCGCUCCUAGAGUUGCACCUUCUCAGGCGAGCGCUGUGACGAGUGGAAGUAAUGCAUUUGAGGAGGUGGGCGACGGGCUCAACUUCGGACCGGAGCUGUUUGGGCUGGAUUCAUGGUCUGUGUGGGCAGAUAUUCAGCACUUUCCUAGUGGUAGUAUCUCGUGAGGAGGCACAAUAUGGGGGAUUGCAACCAUUUCUCUGCUGUAAUGGGGGCUUGAGUGGUUUUCCCGUGUUUAAAUGAUUCCCAGCCUCCAGGUCCCCUUGACGCCAGAUGGGGCGUUGAUGUCGCCAUUUCACGUGCGCGUGGGGUGCAUUUGGGGUGCAUUGGGGGCGUGCAGCGUGGCGUUCUGCCCAUUUCCCCUGUCGGCUCAAAAAGGGAAGUCGAGAGCUGGUAGCGGUAGGGGUAAGAAGGCGCACGCUUUGAACGACAACGAAGACCAGAAGCUGGCGUUGUUAUAGGAAGGUGACGCAAUGCUGGACUAGUAGGGGGUUCAAGACUUAGCGGAGCUUCGGUCGAGCCUUUAAACGGUGACCCCCGUAGCUGCUACAUGCUCACAUACCUAGUAUCUGUCUUACUAUAUCGUUCCCAACUCUG